AUGAAGGACAAGUUUGUUAUGGCAAGUGAUCAAAAUGUCCGACAUAAAAAUAUAAGAGAUAAAAUGGUAGUGAAUGAAAAAAUCGGAGCAAGUACGGAGUCAAAACCGCCGGAUAAUGAAGAUUCAGAGUCGUUGGAAGAACAGCCUUUGGAUAUAGGAGAACAUUAUUUAGUAAGAAGAAAUGAUGAAUCUUGGCAUCCGGCUGAAGUUAUACAAAGCAGAUAUAACGAUCAAGAAAAUCAUUAUGAGUAUUACGUACACUACGAAGGUUUAAAUAGACGUUUGGACGAAUGGGUGUCCAGAGAUAGAAUCAUGUCAUCAAGGUUCGACCUGAAUGAACAACAUUGGAAAAAUAAUGAUAAAAGUAACAAGGAUAUAACUGAUGGUUUAGAUAGGAAAAUAACAAGAAAUCAAAAAAGGAGACACGAUGAGAUUAAUCACAUUCAAAAAACAUUUGCAGAAAUGGAUCCGACUACGGCUGCAUUAGAAAAAGAACAUGAAGCUAUAACUAAAGUUAAAUAUAUAGAUAAAAUUCAAAUAGGAAAAUUUGAAAUUGACACAUGGUAUUUUAGCCCUUAUCCAGAUGAUUAUGGAAAACAAACAAAACUCUGGAUUUGUGAAUAUUGUUUGAAGUACAUGAGACUGGAUAAAACAUUUAGAUAUCACAUGAGUGAAUGUACGGCUAGACAUCCACCUGGUAAAGAAAUUUAUAGGCAGGGAACAUUAUCAAUAUUUGAAGUUGAUGGUUCCAAUCAUAAAAUUUAUUGCCAGAAUCUUUGCCUACUAGCCAAAUUAUUUUUAGAUCACAAAACUUUGUAUUUUGACGUUGAGCCUUUUCUAUUUUACAUUCUUUGUGAUUCUAAUAAACAUGGAGCACAUCUUGUCGGUUAUUUUUCAAAGGAAAAAGAAUCUCCAGAUGGCAACAAUGUAGCUUGCAUAUUAACAUUACCCCCUUACCAAAGGCAGGGCUAUGGUAAAUUAUUAAUAGCCUUUAGUUAUGAACUUUCCAGACAAGAAGGAAAAGUGGGAAGUCCAGAGAAACCGCUUUCAGAUUUAGGAAAACUUAGUUAUAGAUCUUAUUGGUCUUGGGUUCUUUUAAACGAACUCAGGGAUUACAAUAGAGGUUGUAUAACGAUAAAAAAUUUAAGUUUAAAAACGUCAAUAUCACAAACGGAUAUUAUUUCAACGCUUCAAUCAAUGAACAUGGUCAAAUAUUGGAAGGGACAACACGUGAUUUGCGUGACGCCGAAAGUCGUUGAAGAACAUAUAAAAUCACCGCAUUUUAAAAAACCUCGUCUCACCGUCGAUCCGAAAGCAAUUUUGUGGGCUCCAUUGAAAAAAUCAAAUGCCAAAACUGGAGGGAAAAAAUAA